UAACAAAGUCCAAGGUUACGGCUCAUUUCACUCUAAACAAUAUCAAAAUGUUAAAGAAAAAUACAAACAUAUUUAAUAAAACAAAGUUGACUAUAUGGUUAGGAUUAAGUCAUAUACAAAGUUAUGGUUUCAUAUAUAAUAACCAGGGGGCAAAGUUCAGUCACUGAGCACAUAUCAGAACAGAUUUACCACAAAUUACUAUUUUUCUCAACCAAUACGAUUGUUAUUAAAUUAAUAGGAUUAUAUAAUUUUAACAUGAAGCUGUAGGAAAAGUAAUAAAAAGAUUUUUUUUCAGUUUCAGUGUUGUUCAUACAGAUGUUUCCCUUUUGAGAGUGGUACACCGGAAAUGAAGCUGCAUUCUGUGUUAUGUUGACAUUUGGUCAUUUACAGGUUUGUGGGUCACACUCAGUACUGUAAGGAAAUGGCAGCACACAGGUUGUCACUUCUUAAUGUCGACGUUAGCUUGGUAUGGGCGUAUUUCUAAUCGCGAGUGUGUGUUUUAGUUUAGCUGGAAACUAAACGUGAACGGUGCUUUUGAUUUGACCUGGAUUAGUUUCGUCUCCUGUGGGAAGAUGCGGGUUAAAGUAACGGGCUAAUCCCGGGAGAUAACUAAUCCGAGUUAGUUAAUCCGUUCACACACUUCUCUUCAGCGCGCUGUCGAAGUGAAGAAGGGGAAGGGAAGAGGAAGAGGAGGAAAAAGAGGAGGAGGGGGUAGACGAGGAGGAGGAGUGAGCUUCUCCGAAAUUCGUCGAGUUAAAAAAAAAAAAAAAAAAACAUUUCCGCUACACAGCCUGUGGGUGCUCACUUCUCCUACGGAACGCGAACACAUCGUUAAUGGAGGCUGAAGUUAUGCAGAACAAACUUUUGAAUAGUCGCUGAAGGAGCAGGGACGUGGACGUGAGGGGGGUCACCGCAGCAGCUCUCUCCCCCCGGGGCAUGCAACCUCAACCCGGCUCUACCCCGAGGAAGUGACGGACACGAUGGCAGCCUGCGGAAGAAGAACCCGACCCAAGCACCUCGUCCUCCUCCUCCUCGGUGCCACUGUAGUGGGCUACCUCAUAUUAUCCAGACCCCACUCCGGGGAGGUGGGCGACACCCAACGACGAGGGGCCCCAGUGGUGGAGGUGGCGGAGGAGCGGCUGGGGGAUGAGGAGCUGAAGAAGCCCGUGUACGAGAAGCCUCCGCUGGACAUGAACUCCCCGGGGGAGAUGGGCAGAGCUGUCAAACUGAACCUGGACAAAGAGGAGAAGAGACAAGAGGAGGAGAGUCUGAAGAAUCACCAGAUCAACAUUUAUGUCAGUGAUAAGGUGUCACUGCACCGCAGGGUGCCGGAGAUCUGGAACCCACUGUGCGGGGACCUGAAGUAUGAUUACCGCACCCUGCCAACGACCUCGGUGGUGAUCGCCUUCUACAACGAGGCCUGGUCCACGCUGCUGAGGACGGUCCACAGCGUGCUGGAGACGUCCCCCGACAUCCUGCUGAAAGAGCUGGUGCUGGUGGACGACUACAGCGACAAAGCUCACCUGAAGGGGCCGUUGGAAAAGUACAUCUCCGGUUUGAAGAAGGUGCGUCUGAUCCGCGCCACCAAGAGGGAGGGGCUGGUGCGGGCCCGGCUGCUAGGGGCAUCCAUUACCACGGGUGAUGUGCUCACCUACCUGGACUGCCACUGCGAGUGUCACGUGGGCUGGUUAGAGCCCCUGCUCCAAAGGAUCAAAGAGGAGCCGUCGGCUGUGGUGUGUCCUGUCAUCGACGUGAUCGACUGGAACAACUUCCAGUAUCUUGGCAACGCCGGCGAACCUCAGAUUGGGGGGUUUGACUGGCGGUUGGUCUUCACCUGGCACACUGUCCCAGAGUCUGAGCAGAAACGCCGGAGCUCACCCACUGAUGUCAUCAGGUCUCCAACGAUGGCAGGCGGUCUGUUUGCUGUGAGCAGGAAGUACUUCCAAUACCUGGGAACGUAUGACACAGGGAUGGAGGUGUGGGGAGGAGAGAACCUGGAGUUUUCCUUCAGGAUCUGGCAGUGCGGGGGAACCCUGGAGGUCCACCCGUGCUCCCACGUGGGCCAUGUGUUCCCUAAAAAGGCCCCGUACUCACGGAGCAAAGCUCUGGCAAACAGUGUGAGAGCUGCCGAGGUCUGGCUGGACAAUUUCAAAGAAAUCUACUACCAUCGCAGCCCCCACGCACGACUGGAGGCCUAUGGCGACGUGACCAAGCGGCGGAUGCUCAGAGAGAGGCUCGGCUGUAAGGACUUCAGGUGGUAUCUGGAUAACGUUUACCCCGAUAUUAACCUCCCAGAGGAUCGACCAGGCAUGUUUGGAAUGCUUAAAAACCGAGGCAAGACGGGCUACUGCUUUGACUACAACCCUGUGGAUGAAAACGUCGUGGUGGGCCAGAGAGUCAUCAUCUACCAGUGUCACGGCAUGGGUCAGAACCAGUUCUUCGAAAUGUCCGAAGCCGGCGAGAUCCGCUACAACACGAGGGAGCCCGCUGGAUGCGUCGAAGGGGACAACAUCAGCACCUAUCUGAAUCUCAAGCUGUGCAGAAAACGAGGCCAACCGCUUCCUGUAGAUCAGAAAUUCAUCCUCCGAGAGGACGGGAGUCUGUACCACGAGGGGAGCGGGAAGUGCGUGCAGGCGGUAGACAAGACGGACAACGGGAAACCGGCCCCCUCGCUGCAGCCCUGCUCGGGCAGCCCCCACCAGCAGUGGUUCUUUGAGGAGAAAUUAUAACGUGACGGCAUGAACCCUGAAUCCAAAGCACAAACAUUGCCAUUCAGGGCCAAUAUCCCGAGGAGGGAUAUCAGUGGACUGAAUUACUGAAUGUUUUCCUCAUAUGUGUGCCCGGCCCUGUGAGGAGCCCAAAGGAGGAAGCAUCGGAGCUUCCUUCAAACAUCAACCUAUGCAUAUUUUUCUGCUGUCUGGAUUGAACUGGUCCUUGGGGAAUUAUUUUUGAUAAGUACUUUCAUUCCGCAGCACUUUGUAAAUGUAUAUAUGGUAAUAUUUGUUUUCUUGGAUGCUGUUGCUGGGAGACAGGAGUCUAGUGGAAUAUGAUUUUUAAUUUUUAAAUUUUUUUUUGUCAAUGGGAUGCUUGAGAAUCGGUGAUAAGCUGUGCAACACAAUGACACCACAGAAUGACUUUAAUUUAGCAGACACGGACAAACACUGUGCUUCCAUCAGAAAGGAAAAGAAAAACAAAACUGCUUAAUACCUCUGUCCUCACACCCGCUGGCUGGCAGUACAGGGAUUUUCAGAGUCGGCAUCCUGAGGCAUCUUCUCCUGUAGAGGGGGCCAAUGCACUUUGCUGCACUUUCCUCUCUCCCUCCUGUCCUUUAUUAUUCGUCAAGAGAAAAGUGGGACAAGUCUUCAGGUAUUUCAGGAACCUUUUCAGGACAUUUUGAGUGCUUGCUCCUCUUCCAUACAGGUGACAUAGAAGCAUUAUGCAAGUGCUUAAACUCUUACACUUAACACCGAACUAUUGAUUACAGGAGAAACUCGAUUCUUCCUCUUUUCUGCUUCUGCUGAGGUGUUCUUGAAAUGCAAAUCUCUACUGAGGGGAGAAGGAAAAGGGUCGUCGGUCAGACUUUCGUAGUCACUCAUUUUAAAGACAGGGUCCUUGCUUCUGCAGCUUCAAACUUUACAGCCAUAUUUUAGGGAUUUAAUUCAUGUGGUGUCAACUAUAUUUUAAAUUAUGUUUUUGGUAGACGAGACUUUGUUAUACCGUAGCUCCACUGCAGACAUUUCUCGACUUUAGUGAUGAAUAAGUGGGAAGAUUUUUAUUUAAUGCUGCUGAGUGCAGAUGCUGUUCAUCCUCAUCCUUCUUGUCCACUUGGAGCCCACUGAAAGUGCCUGAUGUUAAAAGCUUAUAAUUAGAUUUUUAAGACAUCCCUCCAGUUGAAUAGCUCCUGAGCUGAAUGUAUUAUUUUUUCACACGAUGAGACAAAAGUUGUGACUUUCAAGGCGUCCCCUCGAGCAAAUGCAUAUUACUCUGGUGCCGAUUCGAACUCGCAGACUGUGUUUCCAUUCAUCAGAUUUAGACAACUAUAGAUCCCUCAGCUCGGGGCUGCGGUCACUCCUGUGACUGUCCCACAGGCCGUGCAGGGCGAAUAAGGGAAACGCAGCGGAGGAGUAGACGGUUGUCGGCGGCGUCUCCAGAGUGCUGGGAUGGCAGAUGGCUCUCUGAUUGAUUUUCUGGUCCUCUCCCAAUUCUUUAUCACCACCUCUCCCUCUCCCUGUCGGAGGUGUGCGGCGCAGGACUUAUCUUUUGGACUCCUGCCAGCCGCAUCCUCCUCGGAGAGAGAGAGAGAGAGAGAGAGGGAGCAUUUGUAUACUCGCGGUGUUGAGGUUUGAUUUAUGAACGGAAGUCAUCAAGUGUACAGUUUUUGACAGCAAACACAGAUAAUGGAGAGGCUGAAUGAAGAAAUGUUUGACCUCUUCCUUACAUUAACCUUCAUAGGAUGUCGGCUCAUCAGUCUCACAGGAACUGUUGAUCGGACUGAAAUCGAUUUUUUUUUUCUUUGCUAUUGAUUCCGAAUGCACGCUCACAAUAAGAUAAAUGGGAGAUGGAGAAUAGACGAUUUUCCCAGUACUGCAACUGGGAGAUGAGUAGAAUCAGAAUCCCUCCCCUUGCUAAAUACAAUAAAUGUAGAAUCAUAUACUAUUGUGAAGUGUAUGCUGUGUUGUUGGAGGAACAUGUUAACACUCACAAGUCUAAAGGGACCGGACAAUAUGUCCGUUACCUACCACUCCGGCUCUUAUUUCAGUGGGAACCAGUAUCAUGAGGUAAAUGCACUGAGUAGGAUGAGGGCAGGGAAGAAGUUCCUGAGGAUAAAGUGGUCCAUGGUUCGGGCUUUGGCUGGCAUCAUAAGUGGUUUAUGAUUUUGUAGGCGAUGCUUGGUGAUAUAUGGAAUAGACCAAAGACCAGUAGGAAGAUUAUGGUCAGCUCCACAAAGGGAUGGAAAGAGGCAUCUGUCUCAGGACUGUGGGCGGUGGCAGCGCUUGAUCUCGGUCUUAAUAGGAGAGCACCAUAUGCUCGGGGAAAGUCUUAAUAACCGGUUGUUUGAAACGAUUUCCAAGCUGUGCGUGGACCCUGGCAAUCCUACACUCUCUCUCUAUCUCUCUCUCUCUCUCUCUCUGUGGCUUAGCUUUCCUUGUUUAAAGACGUGAGGAAAGCUGCUUCAGUCAAUGUCAUGCGGAGAGAUCAGUUUCACCAGGACCAAGCGAAAUAGCUCUUUUAAUACAGCGCUCAUGCUUUAUGUAUCGAACACUUAGGAAGUGACAGCUUUUCCAUCUUCUUCAGCUUGUGUCUUUACCCUGCGAGCGCCGCAUAAAUAUUCCAUCCCGUUAUUUAAAAAAAGGAGUUAUUUAUUGCUCCGCGUGGCCAUCUGCUAUUCCAGACAUGUCCUACAUACGGGAGGGGGGAAAUUUUAUUGUAUGCAAAUUGGUAGUUGCCAGUCGGGGAUCGUAUCUCUGGCAGGUCAUAUUGUGAUUUUUAUGUCAACCAAUAUUUAUUUGUAAAAGGGUGGUGAUAUUCGAGGGAUCCGACGGAGCACUUGAACUAGUAAAGUGGCUGAAUGUACUCUCAAACCACCCGAAUGGACCAAGCAGUGCUUCUUUUCACCACUGCAUGUACAUCCUCUGUUCAAAAUCCCAGUGGUAAGUAGUUAAAUUAUGUAUGUGGUAAUAAUGCACAAAUUCUGAUGCUGGAAUGCAACACCAUGUCCGGUGUAUAGAUAAUGUUAAUAACUCCAGUGGCCUUAUAUUGUUAAAUGGAAAGUGAAGGAUUUGAUUUACAUAAUUUUUUUGGAUCCAGUAAAAGGGCCGUAUCUGAUGUCAAUCUACUUCUUUAAUUGUGGGUAAAAAACACAAGUAAACACAUAAGUUAUGUGGUAAUA